UCGAAUUAUGGUGAACUCGCUGUUCCGCUCUUCAUGCUCUUGUUUCGUAAGACUACAUUGCCUUUCUUCAUCACUUUCGUGUGUUGAUGAGGGUUACCUUGCUGUGUUCACCAAACAUGAAUGAUGGUACAGAUUGCGAAGUUGAAGUGUUCGGUGGGAGAAAGAAGAAAAUAAGUCCAAUAAAACUGCCAGCAUCGGCCAGUUUAUGGAAGGAUGAUACUUGGUGGGCUGAUGGGGACGUGCUUAUGGGGUCUCCUCUGGAUUUAUUGCGCAUAAAAUACGAUAGUGAAUUCAUUGACAAUCACAUUGGCGCUGACGACGAGGAUGACUAUAAGAGUAUAUUCGAAAUGGCCAAUGUGAAGAUCGACCAAGACCUGGAAGAAAAAAUUAACAAAAAACAGGAAGAAAUGACUAAAUGGUUACCCGAGAAGUUCAACAUCGAAAAUCUGGACUUCGAAGACACAGAAAAAUUGAAAUUAAGCAUGAGCUUCCUAAUAUAUAUAAUGGAUAAAAGCAACAUGGAUCAACAAGGGUACUGGAUAUAUCAUGGAUGUAUGGCAUACCUUAAAAGACUGAAAAGUAUCUUUGAAAUGUGUUUAGCCCAACCACCUGCAAAACCUGAUGAACAGACCUUCACUUGGCUUUUCUGUACAUUUACACAGAUGCUAUCAAUUGAUUUGCCUUCCGGUGGAUGUAUGCCCCGUUCCUUGAGGGUGUGUGGUAAUGAUGUGAAAUCUAUCCCUGAUUUGCGUAUGCUGAAAGUUGAAGACAUGAAACUGAAGGGAUGUUAUGAAAUCUCUGUCGUCACUGUGAAAAAACGCACUGUGAGUGUAGUGAAAGAUCAGGAAGAACAAUCUGAUGCAGCAGGAGAUAACUUGAUAAAGCGACGUCGUCUUGACAAACUGAAAAACACAUUUUCAAGUGAUCUUCGUGGACAGCAUGCUGCCGAGUUAUUAGUUGAGCUUCCAUUUUCAGCUGUGAAAGGUUAUAACAACGACAACCUUAUCUUUGGUUUGGUCAUCCAGGCAACAAAGGUCAGUCUUACUUGUCUAAGGAUGAAGAAAGAGCACCUGCAAGAGCUGCUUGAGGAGACAAGUGAAGUAAGUCCUUCACACAAGGCGAACAUUUUUUACACUAGGCCGUAUGAUAUGUUAUGUGCAGAGGAUCGAAAGCACUUGGUUUACAUUUUGACAACUUUGGCUAAGCUUGCUGGUCAUAUUAUAUGAAUACUGUAAUCAAGCCCUCUUCGUAUGCACAUUCCUGUUUGUCCCUGCUCAUGUGACUAUCUUAAAAACAACUGGACUGAUUAGCGAACAGCCAGUGGGUCAAGAUCAAUUAAUGCAUUUACCCACAUCACUGCAAUAAUUCGAGUGUUCAAACACAGACUGUAAGUUGUGUUCCAACAUAUAUGGGUACUUUUAGUCACCCUCAGUUAAGUUGACUUCAAUGGUUUUUUACUCUAUUAACACUUUCAGCGCCCAGCCAUAUUUAGCGUACUUCCCCCAGGGGCCAAGGUUACGCCCCUUUUUACCCUUUUUCAAAAUUAUGAAAACAAUAGAAGGAAUAAAGAUAAUUACAUGAAAUUUUCUGUGUUGGUUCUUCUUUGUUAGAUCUCUUUACAAUGCUAAUUUGGAAUGAUAGUCAGCAAAGCACUUGACGCAAGGGCCCAACGCGCCGCGUAGCGGCAAAAAAGCGAAGCUGGCGAAACAUUUAUAACGGGUCACCGUCACUUAUUAUUGGACUUAUAGCGCAUUUACGGGGUUGCAACUAUUUUGCUUUAUAGUGUUACCAGGAAAGAAAAGCAUGCGACCUAACGCCGAUCUAUUUGUAUAAAGUGAUA